AUGCCGCUGGUCGCCCACGCGCUGGAGCAGCAGCGCCGCUUCGAGGGAGUGGAGGCCGCCGCCAAGGCGAAGGCGCAGGCGCACAGCUCGGACCGAACUCCACAGUGGCUGGCAGAAGCACAGCCGCUACAAGGGCGAAACUUAGCCUCUGGUCCCCUGGCGGCAGACCUGUGUCGCAAGGCCCGUGUGGCCGAUGCUGAUCGAGUGGAAAAUGCCCCCGCCACGCCUUCAACCUGGCGGUGGAAAGCACUGGGCUCUGUGGUCGUCCUGGCGCUGGUGGGCUGUGCGGCAUUCGCGUACAAGACCAUGCCUGUGCAAGAGCCCGCAUGGACAUCCAGUGUGAUGCAGACCAUCAACGAUUGGGAGGACAUCCCUGGGAUCGAUAAUGUCAUCGAACAUGCCAAGACCCUCGAGCUGAAGCAGCCCCUGCGCAACCUGAACGACCUCUUCUACGAGUCCCAGCCGGAGGAACUCCCCUGGAUCCGCACCGAGUGCGUGAUCGACGUGGUUCAGGGCGCCGCCUAUUUGGGACAAGCUGUGGUCUUCUUGUACAAGGCCAUCGACUACGACGGUCUCAAGUGCCCAAACAACUCUCCGGUGGGCUGCGCUGCCAGUGUCGCGGGCUUCAUCACCUCCAUCACCUGGAUCGCCUCGUACCUCUCCUUCGCGGCCAACGCCUGUGGUGCCGCCGUCAACUCGGGCGCCCUCUGUGCGGGAGACUGGACGGCCCUGAUGGCGAACUUUGGCGAGAUGGCGACCGUCGGAGCGGCUGUGAAGGAGGAUUGCGAUUUCAACAAGGACAAGGGACUGGAUCGCCCUGCUGCACGUGACCGACGCCAACCCCCUGCCGCCCAACUGGCAAGCCUUCGUCCCUGCUGGCGCCGCGCCCACCGUGGAGACCAUCGCCAAGGUGGAUGCGCUCCGCACUUCCAAGCGCAACCGCAACUUUGA